AUGAAGACGCACGUGCGAGACGUGGAGGCGACGCUGACAGCAGUAGAGGCGGCCGGCUUGACCUGUCAUCCCGGGAAGUGCCGCUUCGGACAUGGGAGCGUAGCGUACCUGGGGUUUGAGGUGGCAGAAGGAGAGCUGAGCAUCCAGAAGGCUAAGGUGGAGGUGUUGGAUCGAGUGGAGAGGCCGAAGGACAGAAGCAGCCUGAGGGCCCUGCUGGGGUUUCUCAACUACUACCGCAAGUUCAUCAAGAACUUCAGCAAGCGAGCAGCACCCUUGAACAAGCUGCUGCGGGAGGAGCAGAAGUGGCAAUGGGAGGAGCCGCAAGAACAGGCCUUACGGGGGCUGAUGGAGGCAGUCAAGGCUGGGGCCGUAUUGAAGCUGCCAGACGGACAGCAGCCAUUCAUCCUCUAUACGGACUGGAGCAGCAUAGGAAUGGGGGCAGUCCUGAGUCAGAUGGAUAGCGGAGUGGAGAAGGUGGUGGCCUUUGCCAGCCGAACCUGCAGCCCGGCGGAGGCCAACUACUCGUCCUACGAAGGGGAGGGGCUGGCAGCCGUGUGGGCGGUGGGACACUUCCGAGUGUACCUGCAAGGACGGCACUUCACGCUGGUCACUGAUCACCAGCCCCUGCUGUGGCUCAUGCACAAUCAGACUCUGACAGGAAGAAAUGCGCGGUGGGCCAUGAAACUACAAGAGUAUGACUUCACCGUGAAGCACAGGCCAGGCACCACAAUGCAGCACGUGGAUGGGCUCUCCAGGAACCCUCCCAAAGAGGCAGGAAUCCAGAGCCAGAACCAGAGCCAGAGCCUCCAGCAGCGGCUCUGA